AUGUCACAAAAAAGUAAAACCAUAAAUCUUUACAAAACUUUACUCUAUAUGGGAAAAGAUUAUCCAAAAGGUUAUGAUUAUUUUCGUGUCAGAUUGAAAAAGGUGUUUGAAAAAAAUCGAUAUGAGACAGAUACAGAAAAAAUAGAAAAAAUGAUAGCCCAUGGAAAUUUCGUUAUCAAAGAAUUGGAAGCCUUAUAUAUGUUAAAAAAGUAUAGAACACUAAAAAAAAGAUAUUAUGAAUAAUCAAAUGAUAAAAAUGUAGAUUGGACAUAGAAACGUGUAAAUGUGGGUAU